GACUGGCUGGCUGGCUGGCCUCUGGGUUGGUCUGCGGCGAAAAAAAGUUCACCUGUGCUUUCGUGGCCGUCAAAUUUCCCUCAUGUAGAUGCAAAGAAGCCCCAGAGAAAACUCUGUUUCACCACUGGGAGUAUCCAGAGAUUCAAAAACGGGAGGCUUCUCGGAAACGAUGAGUUUGUGACAUCAAAAGGUUCCCAUGAGUUGGUUCGACACUGCCGGUUUUGCCAACCUUGCCAAGUCGGCGCUCAACUCGGCGCAGAAGACGAUAGACAGAGCGUUGGACAUACAGCAGGAUGGCUCCUCAACCUUCGCCCUGCCCACAGAUGUGGAUUCAUUCUUCCUCUCCUUUGGCUUGGGCGACAAUCCGUCACCUUCGAAGCAUCCGACUUCGGAGCAGCCGACUUCUAAACAGCCGACUGCAGCUGAGCCAAAGCCGAGUCAAGCUGAGCCAAGGGCUGCAUCUGGAUGGGGCACUUUUCUGGAGACUGCCUCCGUCGUCGCCAAGCCUUUCUCUGAUCCGUCUGCCAUCUUGUCCCAGCCGACCAAGGCUGCAGUAGCGGACGAUACCGCUGUCGUUCCAAAUGCGGACCCGGAACAACCCGCCGCCGUCGACGCUUCGGGUAGCGAGAGCCCCCUGGUCAUCGACUUCCCAAACUACGCCUCUCUUGAACAGUCCGCAGAGUCCGACGGAUCUACGGACACGCUCCUCGGCGUGUCCCUCCCCGGGAGCUCUUCCUCGUCAAACCAAAGCCGCGAAUCGUUCUCUGACUGGCAAGACUCGACGAAAGAGUCGAGAGACCGCGGCGCCGUUGUGGUCCGCGAGCCGGAACACGCUACCGACGUCGGAUUCCCCUCCAGACAGUCAGCGGACGACGGCGGUCUGACCGAACCCGUCGCUUCGGAGCGGUCGGAUGUCGUCGACGGCGCCAUCGUGAAACCUCCCGAAGCCACGUCUAGAAGAAGUACCGAAUUGUCCUCGACGCAGGUCGAAGCCCCGGUCCACAAGUCCGACGAAGUCGGCGUCCACAACUUCUUCGUCGUGGUGGACUCGACCACCGCGGUAGAGGAAGCAAAGGUGCUUCGGGAGGAUCCGCACGCAUCCGGAGCCGGAGACGGCUGGUCCGAAUCUGUCUGCAGCCGGCUCGGGGACGAGUCCGGAGACGAAGUCAAAGCCGGAGAUGAAGUGGAACUGUGCGACUCGGGCUCGAAGACGCCGGUGACUGGAAAUCCGCCGAAGGAGGACGUGGAUCUGCAGUCUGUGGCAGGGAGCCUGCAGUCCGUGGACACGAGUUCAUCGGCGUCAUUUGUGCGGAUCUCGGCAGAGGAGACGGAGGACUCGCGGAAGUCCAGCAGUCCGUCGGGGGACGAGGAAGGGGAGACUGUGUCGUCGUCCGACAUUGAGAUCAUCUCUUCGCCGAAUGGCGGCUCGAGCUGCGACCAGUUCAGUGGGGUUUUGCCGGCGAGGCACCUGUGGGAGAUGCGUAGGGAGUCGCGAGAAGAGAAGCGGUCGGAGAGUCCGGAAACGGUUGAAGACUCGCACAAUCCCCUCGCCUCGGCUUUGGAGAGUUCCCCCAGCCGGCUUGGUGAGCACAUGUCUGAAGAGGAAAAGCUCAGAGCGAGAGUGAACGAACUGCAAGGGGUUCUGGAUGCCCGGGAAAGGAAAGUUUUCCUGCUCAGCAAGGAGAUCGCAGAGAUGAGUGACAGCAAUGCUGCCCUCCAAAGCUCUCUGCGCCAGGCGGAGGAGCUGCGUUCCAAGGAGAGCCAGGACGUCUCUCGGCUCACCCAGGAGUUCACCCACCGGUUGGCCAAGCUGGAGACGAGGCUGCUGGACACCUCCAGGGAAAGGGACACACUAAAGUCCAGGUUGGAGGCAGCGCAACAGGAAUCGGUCACCAAAGUCAGUAUAUCUCAGAUGGAUGUGCUGCUGAAGGAGAAGGACGAACAGAUAGCUGAGCUCAUGUCCGAAGGCGAAAAGCUGUCAAAGCAGCACCUGCAGCAGUCGACCAUCAUCAAGAAGCUCAGGGCCAAAGAGAAAGACAUGGAGAACGUCAUCAAGUCGCACAAGGAACGCCUGGAGGACCAAAGCAAGGAGCUGGAUCGGCUGCGGCGAUCCAUGAGCGCCAAAGACGACCAAGAAAAGAAGCACAUCGAUACAAUUCGACAGCUGACCUCGUCCAAUCACCAGCUAGAAAAGGAUGCCAAGGAUCUGGAGGAAUCCCUUGCAGAUGCACACGUGAACCUUGCUGGUGCUAUGGCAAAGUUGGACAAUGCUUACAGCGAAAUUGCCGAGCUGCGUCACGUCAACUCGGAGUGCGAGACUAGGGCAGAGGAGGCAACACUGAGCGCCAAGAUGGCUGCCGGGGAAGAGAUUCGGAGGGCCAUGGAGCAGACGAAACUGGAGGCAGCGGCGGAGCGCACAACGCUUUUGCAGCGGAUCGAAGAGCUCCAGAUGGCGCUUACGGUUGCGGAUCAGCGCGCCGAGCGGCGUGAAGACGUGCUUCGGAUCAAUGUCCGAGAACUGCAGCAGCAACUUCAGGAGGCUGAAGUGCGAAACCAGGAGAUCACUCAGAACCUCUCUUCUGCUACCCGUCCCCUGCUGCGGCAGAUCGAGAACCUGCAGUCUACGUUCAGCGUGCAGUCUGCCUCCUGGGAAAGGGUGGAGAAGAGCCUCACCGACCGCCUGAACGAGGCGCAGACGCACGCAACGUUGCUGGCGGAGCGCGAGCGUUCCCUCGGCGAGAAGUGCAGCGACCUCCAGCUGCGGGCGACGUCCCUGGAGACGCAGAAUGCGGCGCUCCGGAGGGAGAAGCAGGAGCUGGUCGCUGAAGUCCAGGAGUUGAGGGAGCGCCAGAGGGACCUGGACGAGUCUGAGCGCAGAGAGGCAACUUUCGAAGCCAUCAAGACGAGGUUGGAGCAGUCCCUGAAAACGCUUCGAACAGAAAAGGAGGAGCUGUCGACGCAGCUUCGCGCGGUUCAAGAGGAACUCGAGAGUGAAGUGCACAAGACGACUCUUCUUGAAGGGCAACUGAGAGCGGAGCGGGAAAAGCGGAGGGAGAGCUCUGCCACCCCUUCGCCGACCGUGUCGCAGUACAGUUCAGUCAGUGACACCUUCAACUGCAACCUGUCCGAGGACCUGGGCCACCCGUACUCCGCGGCGAGCACGCCCCGGGUGUCGUCGGUGUACGAGAGCCUACGCGGGUUCGGCGGCAGCACCCUGCUCGAGUCGCUCCAGUCCCAACUCAAGAUGCGGGAAGGGGAGGUGGGACACCUGCAGGGCCAGAUUGGGCAGUUGGAGCGGUGCCGGGAGUCGCUCUCCCAGGAGCUCAUCUCGCUGGCCGGGAAGCACGAGCAGUGGGAGCAGGAGUUGCAGGAGCUCAGGGGGGUCAGGAAGCUAUAUGAGGAGACGAACCAGAAAUACAACACCCUGCUCCAGAUGUACGGGGAGAAGGUGGAGGAGGCCGAGGAGCUGCGCCUGGAUCUGGAAGACGUCAAGUCCAUGUACAAGGCGCAGAUCAACGAGCUGAUAAACUCGAAACAGUGAAUGCCAAACUGCAGAACGGAGAAAACGCGGCCACCGCUCAAGCCACGCCCAAGUUUGGACACAGCGCCCGCAUGCACGCAUUUCGUCCACCCGAGCUGCUUCGCCGGGAUUUUAAAUGGGGGAAAGGGUGAACCUAACGUCAGGGAGUGUACAUAAGAGAUUUACACGUGUAUAUGUAACUGUAUAGAAGCUGGGGAAAGGCAGGAGGAACCGUAAACGACACGGAGCUGUCACUUUGCCUCAAAUAAACUGACCUGUUUCACUGGCGGUUGUUGUGAA